GGUCAGAGCUUGUGCCAGUGAACCAAGUGUGGGCUGUUGCCAAACGCGCUGAGUGUACAACAUACAGGAACUGCGCCGUCACGAGAGAGAGGGAGAGGGCGAAUGUUGCUACAGCUAACGAAAAGCGUCCAGUAUUGCUAUCAGCCGAUGAAGGCUUGACAGGCGACUAGCGGGGGACAUAGAUAGGGAGAGAAACUCACGUCCCUCGUCGUCUGUCAGAACGGAUGGGCGCGACAUUUGUCAACUGACCGGUAGCCUACCACACAUUGGAUCGAGGACAAAAUCAGCACCCCGAUGCUGUCGCAAUUCAGCUGACCACAGUUGGACACGCAGUAGAUCCAGCGAAUGACAUCGCUCACUGUGAGUUCAAUUUAUCGCUACAAUUCAUCGCUCACUCUGCUGGCACAAUGCUUCCUCGUAAUAUGCGGACAGGUGGAAUAGACCUGCCAGGGGUGGGGUCGAGGGAAGUUCCUCUCAUUGGCUACCGACCCUUACCACCUGACAACAACACCCCCAGCAGCCAAUCAGGGAGAAUGACUGACAGCAAAGAACUGGACACCUUAGAGGGUGAGCUCUCCCCGAUGAAAACAACAUGGUACUGUCCUCUGGACUUGUCCACUGUGUUGGAGGAGGAGGAGGAUGGAGUGAUAUACACGGUUGUGAUGAAACAACAGCAUGGCACCACCACCAGUCCAAUGUCCUCUGCCGCACGCUCCCAAUGUGUGAAAGCAGGAACAGAAGAGAAGCUAGUCCUACACCUUCUCCACUCCUUCUCUAUGGGAGACUCCUCCUUUAUUACUAUCUUUCUCUCCACCUAUCGCUCCUUCAUCACCACCAAGAGAGUGCUGGACAUCCUGACUGACAGAUUAGAGCAUCCACCAGGAGAAAGCACAAGAAGUCAGACCAGGCAAAGUUUCAACAGAGCGGUGUGCAUGGUGUUUAACACUUGGCUUUCGGAGUACCCCGAGGAUUUUCUCUCUUUGGGAGAGCCCUCCCACCUGCUCCGCCUAGCCCCUCUCCUCCCCCAGGACUUUUCAGCCUCAGAUCUCCGUAGUCGCCUCCUCAAGAUUGCAGAGGAACUCAGUGAGAAGGCUCUGCUUUCUGACAGCCAAACAGAUAAAACUAUCUCCCAGAUUCCCCCUCCUGACCCCUCCAAGUUCGAUGCCACCAACAUACUGGUGUUUCCAUCUUGGCUGAUUGCUGAGCAGCUUACAAAGAUAGAGACUGAGUUGUUUGUCCGUCUGGUUCCAUACCACUGCCUGGGUUCACUGUGGUCCCAAAGAGAUAAGAAGGGACGGGAGGGAGUGUGUUGGUCUGUUCGGGCCACGGUACGGCAGUUUAACAAGCUUGCCAAUACCGUGUCGGCGUCCUGCUUGUGGUCCACGCAGCUACGCAGCUGGCAGAGAGCUCGCCUCCUUGAGCAAUGGAUCAGUGUGGCGGAGGAGUGCCGGGCCAGGAAAAACUUUUCGUCCUUGUAUGCCAUUGUUUGUGCACUGCAGAGUAACCCCAUACACAGACUGAGGCACACCUGGCUAGAAACAGACAAGGAGGCCGUGAGGAGAUACGAGGAGCUGUCAGACAUUUUCUCAGAGAAGGACAAUUUCUCCCACAGCAGAGAGCUGCUCAAGGAGGAGGGCACUUCAAAGUUUGCCAACGUGGACAGCAAAAUGAACAACAGAAAACAUAUAGGGUCCAGUGCCCAGGGCACAGUGCCCUACUUGGGCAUCUUCCUCACUGACCUCACUAUGUUGGACACAGCAGUCAAAGACAAGCUAGAGAAUGGCUAUAUCAACUUUGACAAACGGAGACGUGAGUUUGAAGUUUUAGCUCAAAUUCGACUCCUCCAGUCUUCCUGUAAAAACUGUGUCUUCAUCUCUGACGAGGCCUUCCUACAGUGGUACAACAGUGUUCCGACACUAACUGAAGAAGAAAGUUAUAGACUCUCCAAUAAGAUCGAAGCGCCAAGUGAACCUAGUCCAAGUCGUGGCCCUACCCCCACUGUCAUCGUCACUCAGUGCCCAGACUUAAGUUCCUCAAGAACCAGUCUGGCUGGUGACAGUGAUAGUCUGUUUGACUUUCCCUCUCCUGUCAAUCACUUACUGUCCAAGCUUGCAAAGCAUAUGAAAUCCCCUUCAGUUUCCUGUCUUGAUGUGGACUCCUCCCCUUCCUCUACUGAACCCACCCCCUCUGCUGCAUUGACCCCAUCACCUAACACUGUCAAAUCACAUCGUCGAUCAGUCUCCUGUGGCAACAAUCCCACUUAUAACCAUCAAGGGUCGGGGCCAGAUAUGCGAAUCAUCAGGAUACGGAUGGAUUUACAUGAUGGGAAUUUAUAUCGAAGCAUUAUGGUGUCAAGCAAUGACAAGACUCCCACUGUCAUCAGUUCUGCCCUUGAGAAGAACAAUCAGGACCGUAAAGAGGCCUCCAAAUAUGAGCUUAUUCAACUACUUCCUGAGGGAAAAGAGUUAGUCAUUCCUGCCACAGGAAACGUCUUCUACGCUAUGACUUCCUCAAGUGUGGACUUUCUACUUAGAAGAAAAGGGGGUACUACCCCAUUAGGCUUUCAUCCAAUAAGCACUGAGACCAGUGCCACCUUUCCUCGAAUCAAAGACAAGGGGCGGAGACUGGUCAGAACUCUUUUUUGACACAUGGUUCCAAACCCAUUGAAAUCCCGGACUUGUAGUUAUCAAGGUUAUAACAGAAAUUCACAAAGAUGUCUCUUUUAUAUGUGGCCUUGUCUCUCCUAGCCCUAAAUGACCUAUGCCUUUUUUACAAAUACAAUUUCACAUUCCGACUGAGGUUCGUCAACCAAAAUGUUCCGCUGAACGUGUCACAACCUGUACAAUGACGUAAAGACAUUUCUAUCACGUGCUGACCACACCAGAAACCAUUUACUUGAUGUGGAGAGCAGGAUCAAUCUUGCUAGCUUGAAAUCCUUUCAGUAUCUAUAGCUAAGGACCAAUGGAAAUUAUUGAGCAAUGGCAUUUGCAUCUCUUUUUCCUUGUCUAACCAAAUGGAUGUUAGUACAGCAACCAAGGCUUCCCUCUGUGUCUGUGAGGUACCUCAGGUUUCGUCUUGACAGAAGGAAUGAUAUUUGAGUUUAUUAGUUGACUAAACAGAUCACAAAUAAAUCAAGAUUAUGAUUAUUGCUUUAAUCUUGUAGUGUCUAGUGUAAUUUCUUUCAAGAGUGUGCAAAAGAUGGAUACUAUAAAUAUACAGUAUAUAUGCAAAAUGACAGACCUUCUAGAGAUGCAAGUGAUGUAAGGAUAUGUCAUCGUAGCAAAACACUGGGGCUUAUCUCAUUGAACUACACUAUCUACGUUUUGUCAAUGUUGAUGUGCUCUGUAUAUGUAUAAUAUGGUGUCUUAAUUGUGUUUACAGUGGCAAGGAGUCAAGGCUCAAGGUAUCAUUUGUAGUUUAUAAAGUUACAUUCAAUUGCUUUAAGGAACACAAAACAGCAAACAUUUCAAAUCAAGAUGUAGAAAAAGCAUGGUUCUUUCAGCAGCAUUUUGAAUUGACAUUAAUUGGUAUAUUGAUGACAUAGUGGUUGAAAUACUGAUGAUUUAUUUGGCGGCAUCUUGUAUUAUCUACACAAAGCACUCUAGCUGUGGACAUUGUAGAAUGUAACGUAAGGCAUAAUUACUGCUAAACAGAAAAGGAGUGUACUUAAAUCUAAUUUAAAUGUAUUAAAUUAGAUCUUCAUACAUUUUCUUGGAAGUACAUUGGAAGUGUUUUUAAAAUUGACUGAGUUUGUUGACAGCUUUGUUUAUUGACAGCUUUUAUUCUUAUACUUUGUAAGUAUCCUUUGAGUAUGGUAUUUUUUGGCUUGUGUGUAUAUACUUGGUAUACUGCCUAGAUACACCAUUAUUUCAAACAGAGACACUAAAGAAACUCCAAACUAGUAUGUGCCUUUUACAAAGACUAUGUUUAUUUUCUUUUAUCCACGUCAAA